AUGUCUGAUAUAAAUAAAGAAGAUAAAACAAAAUUUUCAUAUGCUUUUAAAUAAUAAAUAAUGAAAGCAUGGUAGCCUGUUCCUACAAUUAAUUCUACAAUAAUGUUAUUUGCAAUUUUAUCGACUAUAUUUUUAGUUUUUGGAAUCGUUUUAAUAAUAUUAUCAAAUUAAAUAAUAGAGUAUUCAGUAAGAUAUGAUUCUGAAUGUGGAGAUGUAAAAUUAGUAAAUUAGGAAGAUUUUAAAAAUAAUAAACUUCCAAAUAAUUCUUGUAAGGUUAACUUUGAUAUUAAUGAAAAUAUAGAAGGUCCUGUAUUUGUAUAUUAUGAGUUGGACAAUUUUUAUUAAAACCAUAGAAGAUAUGUAAAAUCAAAAAAUAUUAAUCAAUUAUAAGGAGAUAAUGUUUCAUCAUCAGAUUUAAGUGAUUGUGAACCUGUUCUUUAUUAUAAAGAUUUAAGAAAAUUUAAAAUCAUAGAUGAUAAUUUAAAAGAUAAUAUGAUAGCCAAUCCAUGUGGAUUAAUAGCAGCAUCGUAUUUUAAUGGUUAUUUGAUAUAUUUUUUACUAUUUUUAUUUUUUUUAAUUUUUAUAGACACAUAUGUUUUAGAGAAUAAAUUAAAUAAUUAACCUGUUCAUAUUAGUAAUAAAGAUAUUGCUUGGCCUAGUGAUAAAGAAAAUAAAUUUAAAAGAAAUAAAGAUUAUCAAAAUAUAUAAUGGUUAGAUGUGGAAGAUGAAAGAUUUAUGGUUUGGAUGAGAACUGCUGCUUUACCUAAUUUUAGAAAGCUUUGGGGUAUUAUAGAGAAAGGAUUGGAAAAAGGAUUUUACACUUUAAACAUUGAAAAUAAUUAUCCUGUUUAAAGAUUUAAUGGAAAAAAAUUAUUUGUUAUAUCAACUGCCAACGCUUUCGGUGGUAAAAAUAAAUUUUUAGCGAUAAGUUAUUUAGUUAUGGGUUUUAUAUGUCUUUUAAUAUUAAUAGUUUUUAUUGUAAAAAAAAUCAGUAAUAAUAAAUAAAAAGCUUAAAAAAGUUAAUGA